ACUCAGUCCUUGAAUCACACUUUCUCCUACAAUCUAGGUCUCGUACAGUCAUGGUCAGAAUAGCCAACUCUCUCCUUACAAGAAUAGUUGCUUCAUACUCAAUCACCAUUCCUGCUUCCAUCUCAUCUUCUCUCUCGUAUAAUCCGCCCGAACCAUAAUCCGCCUUGUCGCAUCCUCAACAAUCGCAAAACCAAAACCAAACUCAAAUCGUCAACCAAACAAAGCGAAACAACACAGCACAACGAGCCCGCCCGUCUUGUCUUGUCUUAUCGUAUCAUCCUGUCUCACUCCAUCUACCUUAUUAUUUUCUUUCACCUUUGUGAUAUCAGCCGAAAUGAGUGAAACACCUUCUCAACCUACAACAACUCCUGCCCGUCGCCGGAACGGCCGAAACGGUCGUCCCGCUGCUCAGAAAGCUUAUGCCUCCGAGAAUGAUGUCGCUACUAUUGAUCCCGCCCGACAUGAUCGUGCCCCACGCACUCCUCAGAAGGGAGCUGGCACUGAUACUCCCAUGAGCCAUACCAACUCGAAGCAGCGAACCCGUAACAGCAGCCACAACAAUAACAACAACAAACAGCGUGGCAAAUCUGGUCCUCAUUCCCCUGACUUUGCUCGCCCUGGACGUGUUACACCUCCGAAUCAAUCUUCUUCUAUGAAGUCCAUCUCUGCUUUCGCUGGUGCGACUUUCCACGCCUCUCCUGCGCCAUCUGCCUUGCCUCUUCCCAGCUUCGUCUCUCGGCCGACAACUGAGUCUCCUAAUGUCACCAAGACACCGCGAGAGAUUAUUCAGGAGCCUUCUCCUCCAACCGACACCGAGGCCCCAACUCCUCUGCGACAGGGCUCGUCAGGCGUUCAAGAAUCUCCUCUUGACUUCAUGUUCCGUGCUCAUCGCCAGGAAAAAGAACGCCAGCGUAGUGGAAGCACCAGCAGCUUCCUUGCAUCGAGACCUGUCAGUGAAUCACCCUCUGUGCAGUCUCCUUUUGGACCUGGUAGUGUUCCCCAGCCGGCAACCCUUCCUCAAACGGCUCGUAGCCAAGCCCGUUUCCAAUCCGUAGGCAUCGACAGUGGAGAAUUCGACGGAACCCCAGGCCGACCUGUCGGACCGGCCUUCUCUACGCCUUAUCAGGAACGUAUUCGGGCUGCUCGUACCAAUUCUGCGCGAUCACCCGCUGAUCUAUCUGCCCAUCAACAAAAGGCUAACCCCGAGCCUGAAGAUCCCACCGAGGCUCUCAAGAAAUUUCUUUUCAGUGGCAACGGCACGAGCGUCUCCCAAUCUGUCCCUAAUGGAUUCGCACCAGCCCCUCCUGCUCACCAAUACGAUCGUGCUAGAAACAUUCCAAAUGCACCAGCUCCUUACAACGGCCAUUCAAACAACAUUCAGGCCAUGGAGAACGAUCUUCGUCGUAUUCUCAAACUGGACUUGGGCAGUCCCUCUCCUUCAAACGCAAACCAGCGUUUGUUCUCCUAAGACUUGACGUCUUUCAGUGCUUCCUACUUCGGCGUUUUCCUUGCUCCUCUUCUGCAUAUCUUUCUCGACUGCCGGCAGUCUACAGACGGCAUCAACGGAACGUGAUAUUUGGCGACACGGUUUUCCAUGUUUACGGGGGGUACAGCGGCAUUGUCUCUGAACUUUGGCGUUAUCAGAG